AUGCGCAGAUUCUCCAAAGCCCGAACGCAGAGUUGGUCCACCGCAAGCAUCAACGCCAUGGAAUCAGCACCUCGAACCCCGACCAAGCCCCAAUCACGGGGCUAUUACACCGGCUUUCCGGAGCCAUUUUGCGGCACUGGAAAUACGACGCUGCGUCACCCCGACGCCGAUACUUCGCCCAAUGCAUCCAUAGGUUCCGGCGAUAUCGACGUCAACAGGGUCUUUGUCCGGACCCGGCGAAACUUUCUCAGCCGGCACAAACACACGUCCAAUCACGGCAAGAUAUCCGCCUCCGACGCCGAGAAGUCCACGCUAUAUAGCAACAUUCAUGCACUUACCAAAUCACGCUCGAUUCGGUCCUUCCAGCACGGGAGCGAUGACGAGAGCAGCCGCUCGUCAUCAUCUGCCCACAGCAAUGCCGCCUUUCCAGCCAUCGUCGUUACCCCGGAAAACAACGACAAGCCUCUGCCGCCCACGGCAUCUGUCGCUAGUCACGGGAGCGGAAUGCUGCGCAAAAUGAAGGCCCACAACCAAUAA